AUGGCCGGGGCUCAAGGCACAUGUGCUUGUUGUCACCUCUGCUUUGGACGCUCCUGCACCCUUCGUAGUCUCUGUUCCUCGGCGCCGGGGUACGCGUGCAGCCUGUCCCAGCUGGAGAACGCGGCCGCGCCCACUGACGCCAAGGAGACGCCCCGCAAGACCAAGGGCGUGAUCCCGCACCUGGGCCACCUGCCGGACCUCAACAAGCUCUCGGACGUCAUCAGGAACCUGGUCAUGGGCAACGUGGUGUUCGUGAAGCCCAUCCUCAAGCCGAGGAAGAUCUGCAUCUACACCUGCGCCGACCUCAAAGACACCAUCAUGGAGCGUUCGGCGCUGAUGGAGCACGUGUACCCGAAGCUGCGUCUGUACUGCAUGGAGAAGGGCUACGAGCUGAACAUCGUGGACCUGCACUGGGGCAUCCCGGACGAGCAUCUCAACGACCAUUCCUUCAAGGAACUGUGUCUCGGGCAGCUCACCA